UUUUAGCUUUAAAAUAUUGGUGUUAUUUUAAAGUUAAUUGAAAUAUGUGGUUUUUAUAUUUUUUGUUACAUAUAGGAAUGAAAAUGAACAGACAGAAUUGGAUGAUAGUUUGCCACCACUUUUAAUUGAAGUUGAUCAAGGAGGUUCUUCUUGGGAUAAUCUGAAAGGAAACCGGCUCUUCAAUCCUGCAUACGUAAUUCCCAAAAUUCUUAGCCUUCAGAGCAGCCACAAGAAGCAGUGCACUUUGGGUACAAUCCAAUUCAAAAAAGAAAUCAGAAAUGGCUUACAUUGUAAGUGGUUCAUGGAAUGUGAUGGCUGCAAUCGACAAUAUGAGAUACAGAAUGAAGAAUGUGAUAGCAGUGUACUGAAUAGUACGGGGGCAUGAGCUGCUGUGUCAUCUGGCAUCGGAUUCACACAAUUAGAAAACAUUCUGAGCAUUUUAAAUGUUCCUUCAAUGUCAAAGAACACUUACAUAAAGAAAGAAGUAGAACUAGAUAAGGUUUGGAGCGAGAACUUGGACCGAACCAUAUCAGAUGCAGGGAAAGAAGAAAGAGCUCUGGCUAUUCAAGAAGGAGAUGUAGACGAAGAUGGCAUUCCAUUUACUACAGUCAUUGUGGACGGUGGAUGGGCCAAGCGUUCUUACGGGCAUAAAUACAACUCUCUUUCAGGAGUGGCAGUGAUCAUAGGCCAAAGAACAGGAAAACUUUUGUUCUUGGGCGUAAAAAAUAAGUAUUGUACCAUCUGUCGUCUUCAUUCGGGAGCAGAUAAAGAACCGAAAAAACAUUUCUGCUACAAAAACUGGAGCCAACAAAAGCCAUCCACAGCGAUGGAGCAAAGUGUUAUUGUAGAAGGUUUUUGUAACAGUAUACAAAUGCAUGGUUUAAAGUACAAAUACUUCGUGGGUGAUGGAGAUUCUAGUGUUUAUGCAAGAAUCAUUCAAAAUGUCCCUUAUGGACGUUUUGUGCACAAACUUGAAUGUGCUAACCAUUGCAUACGCAACUAUACCAGUCACCUGCAUACCUUGGCAAGUGAUAAGAGUUUUGACCCAGAGGCUCGACGGAUGCUCAAAUCUGUCAUUCCAAGGCUAACUUCUGCAGCAAGAGGUGCCAUAAGGCACUGUGGGAAAGUGGGUGAGAAAGCUGAAGACCUAAUAAAGGACUUGCGAAAUGGUCCAAAUCAUGUAUUUGGAGACCAUUCUGAGUGCUGACCUUACUUUUGCGAAGGCAAUGAAUCUGAUGGUAAAAGGGUAAAUAUUUUACUCGGAUCUGUAUUGUUUGACCAUAUUCAAGGUCUUUUAGGAAGCCUGGUAGCAAAAGCGCCAAGACUUGUAGAAAAUAAAACAAGCAAUGCAGCUGAAUUUUACAUGAGUCUUGUUGCAAAGUUCAAUGCUGGAAAACGUCUCAACUUUACUCAAAGAGGAUCUUUUCAAAGACGAUGCCACGCCGCGGCUUUAAGAUUUCAGAAAGGCCACGCUUGGGAAAUAAGCCCUUUCAGGAAACUGGCAGGAAGAAGCCCUGGACUGAGUCAUUAUAAGGUUAUCCGAAAGAGACAGCAGACAUUAACACGCCGUAAAUUGCAGUUCCAUGACGACUUCCCUAAAAAGAAAAGAAGCAAAACUGAUACAACUCAUCCAGCAGACAUCGACUAUGGACCAAGCUCUGAACAAGUAGAAGAUGAUCCGUGUGACGAGAUUUCAGAUGCACAGCAAGAAGAAAUUGCCAUUCAAACUAAAGAUCAGGCGGAUUGUAUAAGCUGGCAUGAACUUAGGCGAGUACGCUUAACAGCUAGUAAUUUUGGAACAGUGUGCCGAAGAAAAGAAUCAACUCCAUGUGCGAACUUGGUGAAAAAUCUUUUGUACAAACCCUCUGUGAAUACCAAAGCUACAGAAUACGGUCACCGCAAUGAACAUGUUGCUAUUAAAAGGUCCGAAGCACUAACAGGCUUGAAUGUAGAGAAGAGGGGACUGUACAUAGAUGUAGAAAAUGGGUUUUUAGGAGCUAGUCCAGAUGGAAUUGUGGUCACAGAAAAUGCUACAAUUGAAGUAAAAUGUGUUCCAUCAGGCAUAUCUACUGGGCUUCAAGAGCUGGCCAGAAGUAAGAAAGGAUUCUUCCUCCAAGAAAUUGCCAGCAAGAAGUUACAGCUUAAAACUACACAUCAUCACUUCUAUCAGAUCCAGGGAACUUUAAAUAUAACAAAAAAAGAUUUUUGUUAUUUAAUUGUCAUGGUUGACACAAAACAAGAUUUGUUUGUUGAAAAAGUUCAGCGAAAUGAAGAUUUAUGGAGAAAUGAAAUGCUGCCCAAACUCACGCGAUUCUAUAAAAAGUGUUUACUACCCGAAAUUGUUGAUUCACGAGUAAUUAGAGGAAAACAAGUGAGAGAGCCAGAGUAUAUAUCAAAGGCAAAAGAAGAAAUGAAUGCAAAAAAGUCCAAAAAAUCUUAGU